AUGGUUUUUACAAGCUAUCAAGUGGAUUGGAUGAGUUUUCUACGAGAGACAAACCGACGUAGUGGUAAUAAGUGGGCUGUUGUUGAUGUUCCGAUCGACUUUUAUCGUGAUGGUCCCAAUGGAAACCCUAACUUGAGCUGUAAGAGGCUUCCGUCUGGAUGUAUUUUGGAGGAUAUGCCUUAUGGUUGCCAGAUAACUUGGGUGGAUCAUUCUCAAUAUGAUGAGAGUGCUGUCCACCAAAUCUACCGUCCAUUGGUUAACUCCGGCAUCGCAUUUGGUGCUCAUAGAUGGGUUGCAACUCUCAAGAGGCAUUGUGAAUCUCUUGCCAUCCCAAUGUUUACCGUACCAUCUGAUUACCCUGCAGCUAUAAGCCCAUCUGGCAAGAGUGGCUUUUUAAUGCUCGCGCAGCGGAUGUCUGAUAGCUUCAUGUCCGGAAUUUGUCCUUCGUCAGCUUGCAAGUGGGACAUCCUUCACAUUAGUAACAUGGCCAACAACGACAGGAGAAUCAUGUCCCGGUUAAUUCAGGAUGCCUCUGGUGAAAAUCGUGCAAUCGUGCUAAGUGCUUCAACUUCUGUUUGGAUGCCGGUGUCACGGCAAAAGAUGUUUUAUUUCCUCCGUGAUGCACGAAUGAGAGGUCGGUGGGAUGGUUUGUCCAACAGCGAAUCAAUGGAGGAGAUAGUCCGCAUUCCUAAAGGACAAUUUGGAGAUUCAGUUUCUAUCAUUGGUGCUGCUGCUGGUAAAGGAAACAAGAGCAACUUUCUAUAUCUACAAGAUUCAUGGAUCGAUAGCUCUGGCGCAAUGGUCAUAUAUUCUCCGAUUAGUAUGCAAUCCUACAACAUGGUGAUGAGUAAUGGUGAAGAUGCUUCAUUUAUUCCGGUUUUGCCUUCCGGCUUUUCAAUUCUUCCAGAUGGCAAUUCAAGUAACAAAACAAUGGUCAGAAGUGACGGUAGUGGCAGCAGUGGCAGCGGUGGCAACAUCGGAUGCUUGCUCACGGUUGGAUUACAAAUGUUGCUGAUCAGCAGCCGUCAAUCAAGCAAGCUGACAAAUGAAUCAAUUGUUACCGUUAAUGAAAUCAUCUCAUGCACUAUUCAGAAGAUCAAGAACGCUCUUGGAGUUGCAUGA